UGCGCUCUUUCUUCCGCUGCGUUUUACUUAUCCCUGCACAGCUUCUUGUGUUUUGAUUGUGUUCACACCUAGACCGAUCGAAAAUGAAAGUCUUGAAUCUGUUUAUGAUCUUAAUCGGAGUAUUCCUGAUCACCGAAGGAAAACAAGUCUCCAAAGUCCUAAAAGAUGGUAAUGUGUAUUACAAUGGCAAUGUGUAUUUCGGAAGUGCAGCUCACUCAAAACAGUUUUUGGAUAUCCUGAAGAGCUUAGACAAGAAGCUGAAUAAAAUCAUGGACAAGUUGAGGACAUCUUCCAAUGAAAUGGCGCCAAAAAAUUGUGCUGAAGUUCUUAAAAGAGGUAAAAACAAAAGUGGGAUUUACACAGUCGAUCCUGAUGGCAAAGGGCGUUUCAAGGUUUUCUGUGACCAGAAGACGAGUGGAGGUGGAUGGACAGUCUUCCAAAAGAGACAAGACGGUUCAGUCGACUUCUAUCGAGGUUGGGCUGACUAUAAGAACGGUUUUGGUAACCUGAAAGGCGAGUUCUGGUUGGGACUGGAUAAAAUCAACCGGUUGACCCACCAGACUCGUAACCGUCUUCGUGUUGACCUACAAGACACCAAGGGGAACAGCGCGUAUGCUGAGUACAACUACUUUGCUGUGACCAGUGAAAGAAACAAGUACAAGCUGAGUCUUGGAACUUAUUCAGGUACUGCUGGUGACUCGUUGUCACGUAAUCGCGGCAUGGCCUUCUCCACCAAAGAUCGUGACAAUGAUGUCAGCGCUGGAAAAUGUGCAGUGUUAUACAAAGGUGCCUGGUGGUACGAAAGUUGUCACAACUCUAACCUGAACGGCCUGUACCAUCACGGAAAGCACAAGUCUUUUGCUGAUGGAGUCAACUGGAAACAUUGGAAAGGCUACUACUACUCUGUCAAGAGAGCAGAAAUGAAGAUACGACCCGUAUAAGAAAAAAAGUCGUCACCAAAAACAGAACGACACGAUUCACUGGCCGGACAAUUCCAUGAUCUAAUUUGCUAUUAGUUUUAACGCAAGGAUGUUAAAUAUUCACUUGAACACAGGUUAUAAAAGCGUGUUAUAUUAUUGUAAUCUAUGUAAGUUGUAAUAAGAGGAUAUAUAAGAAUCCUUUAAAAUUUAAAUAAUGAAGGGGUAAUAAAAGUUGGAAGCAUGAAA